AUGAGAAAAAUACAUAAAUACACUGAUGAAGAAUUGAAGGUAGAAUUGGCCAAAAUACCAUCAUGGGAACUUCAUCAAGAGACUAAUAGAAAUGUGAUCCGAAAGAAUUUCGUUUUUAAAGAUUUUAAACAAGCUUGGGCUUUUAUGAAUAAAGUAGCCGAGAAGGCUGAUCAGGCCGAUCAUCACCCAGAGUGGUUCAAUGUUUAUAACAAAGUCAAUAUUGUCCUUUCUACUCACGAUUGUGGAGGCUUAUCACAACGAGAUGUUGAUCUUGCCUUGUUUAUUGAUUCUGUAGCCACCAACUCUAAACAAUAA